AUGUCGGACUCGAGCUCUUCGUCCUCGUGGCUAUCGACGCUCUCCUCGAGCAACGGCAGGAGCGCGCUGCUUCUCGGCUCGAUUGCUGUCGGCUCUUCGAUCGCAACAGCCGCUGCCAUCUUGGGCACGCAACGCAUCACACGGCGUAAGAAGCGUCAGGAUCUGUUGGACACUGUGACAAAGUCGGCCAAUGCGCAGGGAACGGAUCGCUUGCAACGUUUCGAUCUCAACCGCGAUGAAGCCUCAUCCUCCGCCGACGGAGGCACACCGCGCUACCUCUCGGGUCUUCAGAGCAACACGCUUCGGCCAGCAUCGCACUUGCGCAAUUCAACCAGCUUCUACUCGUCCAGCAACAUGCCGCAAUCCCCCGCUACGCCGUCGCGUGCCGAUGCGAUGGGUCUGCACGAUCCGCGCAAGCGUGUACCGUCGGUUGAGCAGUGGGACGAGAGCCUAAUCCGCGAGCAGCUCUCUCGCAAUUACAGCUUCCUGGGUGAAGAGGGCAUGACCGCGAUCCGUAACUCGUUUGUCAUUGUCGUUGGCGCCGGAGGUGUUGGAUCUUGGGCUGCGCUCAUGCUCCUCCGCUCGGGUGUCUCCAAGCUUCGACUCAUUGACUUCGACCAGGUCUCACUCUCUUCGCUCAACCGUCAUGCCUGUGCUACACUCGAAGACGUCGGUCGACCCAAGGUGGUGUGCUGUGCGGAAAAGUUUGCACAGAUCGCUCCUUGGGCAAAACUCGAGGCGUGGGUAGAGCUAUUUCGUGGUGAUGAAGCGGAACGUCUGCUCGGAGGCAACCCAACUUAUGUGGUGGAUGCAAUCGACAACAUCGAUACCAAGGUCGACUUGCUGCGCUUCUGCGCCGAACGCAAGAUCAAGGUCAUCAGUUCGAUGGGUGCUGGUGCCAAGAGCGAUCCGAGCCGUAUCCAGAUCUCCGACAUUAGCGUCACAUCCGAGGACCCGCUCGCACGCAGUGUGCGUCGUCGCUUGCGAGCGCUAGGUCUGCCACCGAUCCCACCAAAGGAGAUCGAGGACAAGGCAAAACGGGAGGCGGAAAAGCUGGAAAAGGCGCAAGCACAACCACCACGUCACUCAAACCAUGCCGGUAAGACGAAAAUCGGAGGCAAGCAGAACAAGUUGGAUGCACCUUUGACCGGCGUCGAUCUCGACCGCACUCCGAUGAAAGCGGGCACAAGCGACGAGCUCGGUCGAAGAGCAGCCAACGGCAACACUAGCAGCGGCUCUUGUUCGCCAGCGAAUGACAGAUUCAGCGGGUCCUUGCAGCCUCGUCAGCCACGCAAGCUGGCGUAUUCGGCUUCGCCGCUUGCCUCCCGAAGCGCAAGUUCGACCGAUUUGACCUGCUUGAACACAUCCAACGAUAGCACCAUGUCGAAUGCAGCAUCCAUGUCUAGCUCAAGGUGCGUGUCUGCAGCUGAGCCUCAAGCACCACGACACAGUCGACGAGCGAGUAGUGUUUCCUCGUUUGGUUCGGGAGCGUAUGCGACGCCCAUGACGACUCCUUCCGACGAGAUGGCAGCACUACUACCGGAUGAGGACGAUCACGAGACGAGCUUUCGACCACUCGAUGAGCGAGAUGGCGCUGAGCACGACGAUACGGCGCACGCCAACUUGGACUCGCUCGCAUCGUCACGGACACUUGUCGAUCGACGUACAUCUCAAAGCAGCGCAUCGGCUUCCGACGCCACAGCUGUCGAUCUAGCGGCUCACACUGCACCACGCACCAAGAUCACCGACUCGUUGCGCACUCGCGUCUCGGAAGUAGAGCAUCUCUCACGCUCUCCAUCCGCGUCAUCCCCUGCACUCUCACGUUCAAGCUCGUUCAAGCGAUCGCUACCAUCUACACCUCGCAUCGGCAAAACCGAGACGGACGAAGACGAGUUUAGCGAACCGACAUUCUUCAUCCCGUGCGUCUACUCUACCGAAAAAUCCGAUACACGUCUUCUUCCUUUGGACCAAGACGAAUUUGAAAAGGGCAAUGUGGACGAGUUGGCGGCGUUGGAGGAUUUUCGAGUUCGGAUCUUGCCCGUUCUGGGGCCGUUGCCUGCGAUGUUCGGGUUAGCGGUGGCUACGUUCAUCAUCUGCGAGAUUGGAGGACAGAAGAUGGAGCCGUUAGCGUUCAAGGGACGACGAAAGCUGUAUGAGAAGCUCUUCCACGAUUUGAGUGUCAGCGAAGCGCGUCAUCCGUUGGCUGGAUCCCAAGUGGACUCUCAAGAUGCACAAAACACAGGCCCUAGACACCACAUCCCAUUCAGCAUCAACGACAUUGCGUACCUGUUCGAAGAGGUCUUCAGAGGCAGGAGUAUCGUCCCACCGUUCGAGAGCUUGUCCGGCGCUCAGCUGCACAGGUGGGACUCGACUCUCCCGCUGAGUUUUCAAAACGUAGCCCUCUUCUCCAGAUCCCAGGCUAAAGUACACGAGUCCGAGGUUUUGAAAAAGGGAAGAAGCCCAGUCGAGGUCUGGGGCGCAGACGCCGCUCAUAUGAUCAAAAGGAGAAUGGCUAGCGAACGCCGAAGCGGCUUCUUCCGCUUUUAA